GGGGCGGCUCUUUCCUGGGUGGGGUUUGUAAAGUCGUGGCCCGUUAGCAGGAAGCGGAGCAGUCGUCCGACUCUAGAGUGGGACCCAAUCUGAGCACCCGGCUCUCCCGAGUCCUUGCCGAAGUGUACCGCGUGCUCAGAACAGCCCGACAGUUUCUAGCCAAACUUCGCCAACUCCUCUGCCUUUGCCGCCACCAUGCCGAAGACGAUCAGCGUGCGUGUGACCACCAUGGAUGCAGAGCUGGAGUUUGCCAUUCAGCCCAACACCACUGGCAAGCAGCUGUUUGACCAGGUGGUGAAAACAAUUGGCUUGAGGGAAGUUUGGUUCUUUGGUCUGCAAUACCAGGACACAAAAGCUUUUUCUACUUGGCUGAAACUCAAUAAGAAGGUGACUGCACAGGAUGUGCGGAAGGAAAGUCCACUGCUCUUCAAGUUCCGGGCCAAGUUCUACCCAGAGGAUGUGUCUGAGGAACUGAUCCAGGAUAUCACCCAGCGCCUGUUCUUUCUGCAAGUGAAGGAGGGCAUUCUCAAUGAUGACAUCUAUUGCCCGCCUGAAACUGCUGUGCUGUUGGCCUCCUAUGCCGUCCAGUCUAAGUACGGGGACUUCAAUAAGGAAGUGCACAAGUCUGGCUACCUGGCAGGAGAUAAGCUGCUGCCCCAGAGAGUCUUGGAGCAGCACAAACUCAACAAGGACCAGUGGGAGGAGCGGAUCCAGGUGUGGCAUGAGGAACACCGAGGCAUGCUCAGGGAGGAUGCUGUCCUGGAAUAUCUCAAGAUCGCUCAAGACCUGGAGAUGUAUGGUGUGAACUAUUUCAGCAUCAAGAACAAGAAAGGCUCAGAGCUAUGGCUGGGUGUGGAUGCCUUGGGACUCAACAUCUAUGAGCAGAAUGACAGACUGACUCCUAAGAUUGGCUUCCCUUGGAGUGAAAUCAGGAAUAUCUCCUUCAAUGAUAAGAAAUUUGUCAUCAAGCCUAUUGACAAAAAAGCCCCGGACUUUGUGUUCUAUGCUCCCCGGCUUCGGAUUAACAAGAGGAUCUUGGCCUUGUGCAUGGGUAAUCAUGAGCUCUACAUGCGUCGGCGGAAGCCUGACACCAUUGAGGUUCAGCAGAUGAAGGCACAGGCUCGGGAGGAGAAACACCAGAAGCAGAUGGAGCGAGCUCUGCUGGAAAAUGAGAAGAAGAAGCGUGAGCUGGCAGAAAAAGAGAAGGAGAAGAUUGAACGGGAGAAAGAAGAACUGAUGGAGAAGCUGAAGCAGAUCGAGGAGCAGACCAAGAAGGCUCAGCAAGAACUGGAAGAACAGACCCGCAGGGCCCUAGAACUUGAGCAGGAACGGAAGCGUGCCCAGAGCGAGGCUGAAAAACUGGCCAAAGAGCGUCAAGAAGCUGAAGAAGCCAAGGAGGCCCUGCUGCAAGCCUCUCGGGACCAGAAGAAGACCCAGGAACAGCUGGCUUCGGAAAUGGCAGAGCUGACAUCACGGAUCUCUCAGUUGGAAAUGGCCCGAAAGAAGAAGGAGAGUGAGGCUGUGGAAUGGCAGCAAAAGGCCCAAAUGGUACAGGAGGACUUGGAGAAGACCCGUGCUGAGCUGAAGACUGCCAUGAGUACUCCUCACGUGGCAGAGCCUGCUGAGAACGAGCAGGAUGAGCAGGAUGAGAAUGGGGCAGAGGCCAGUGCUGAGCUGCGGGCUGAUGCUAUGGCCAAGGACCGCAGUGAAGAGGAGCGUACCACUGAGGCUGAGAAGAAUGAGCGUGUGCAGAAGCAUCUUAAGGCCCUCACUUCAGAGCUGGCCAAUGCCCGCGAUGAGUCCAAGAAGACUGCCAAUGACAUGAUCCAUGCUGAAAACAUGCGACUGGGACGAGACAAAUACAAGACCCUGCGCCAGAUCCGGCAGGGCAAUACCAAACAGCGCAUUGAUGAGUUUGAGUCCAUGUAGUGGGCCUCCAGCUUUUAGGGACCCCUCCUCCUUCUUCCCUGUCCCCAUCCUCCUAUAGUUUUGCCCAACUAACACUGUGCUUGAGCCACUAACUAGAAAAGCCUUGGAGCCAUGCCAAGCAUUCAGCAUAACCAUGGGACCAAAUUUAGCCCUUCAGUCUCUUCACUCAGAUCCCCGGGCAAAGAAAUGGCCCACUGUGGUGCGAAUGGAAUCUCCAUCUUCUCUGUCACAUUCAACCUAGCUUGCUAGAAUAGCUCAUGUUUCCCCAGCCUGAGUUCAUUCCUUUUGAUUUGACAAGCACCCCCCCCCUCACUGUUUUCCUCUGGGACUCAAGUGUGAAAUAGGUUGAUAGAUAGCUCCCAUCCCUUUCCUGUUUCUUGCAAGUCCUGUGAUGUGCAAAGUUAGGAUAUUGUGUAGUUUAGGGACAGAAGUAGGGCCUCGGCUAUAUCAUUUCGUAUGUCAGCUGACCUAGGAUUUGGCCUCUUAAUGACCAUCCCUUUUAGAGUUAUUUAGGUUUUGGAACGAUUGGAGGGUAAAGAGAAAUUUAGUCAUUCUUAUUUUUUCUACCUCCCAUGUUGGGCCCCAAUAAGCCUUGUCCCUGUGUUUAGGGACUCAGUUUCCAACCAAGGAGGGAUAAAGGGAUGCAGGAAACAGUGCGUUCACGAGAGCCCACUAACAACCUAGAAAACCUCUUGCCACCAUGCCUUCCUUCUAUCAGGUUAGGCCUGUGGGUAAGGCUAUCCCCAUGUUCAUUCAUGUUGCUGGUUCCAUCUCAGAAUCCAUUCCUGCCCUCUCCAGUCUCCAGAUCUCUUCCAGCUAGGACAGAGAGGACAAGUACUCUAAAACCUAGCCAGUUGUGCCUAAAGGUAUUGCCACAAAGGGAGAAACGUUUAUACCUGGCUGUAGUAUUUUCCCUGCCAGGGGUUCUAAAGUCCUCCCCCAGAUACACAUUAUGAUGAGUAAGAGCAGCGCUUGUCUCUCAGUCACUCAGUAACCCUUCCCCACCUUACCCAGUCCAGAGUGGUGAGCGGGCCCUGCUUCUGACAAAUCUCCAAGCCAGGUCUCAUCACUAGUUGUGGUGUCCCUUGGAGCUCCGUAUGGGAAGCUUCUGGGUAUUCCGGCCUUGUCCCUUCGCACCCCCACACCGUUGUCUCCACUGUGGAGCAGCUGCUUCCUCUUUUCUUUAUCACAUGUGUGCUCUUCUAAUUUUUACCAGUAUUAUAUAUUCUAGUGAUAUCUAACUUGAUAUUGAUUUCUACUUUUUUUUUUUUUUGCUAAUGCACUAUUAGAGAUACUAGUCUUGGGACAGGAUCGUUUCAGCUUCAUUAUUUUUACCACCCCUACCCCAUGUCUGGGAAGUAUAUACUAGAUUAAAAAAUGAUAUUUUGCCAAAAAACAAAGUGUAAGAAGACUUCAGUAUUAGUGAUUUACCUGUCACUAUAGGUCAUACAACCCAUUUAAAAUGUACUUAAUAUUUGGUUUUAGUGUUGCUGUUUGCCUGUUCCCCAGGGAUCAGUUCCCAAAAUGCUGUAUUGUCCCUCCAUGCAGAACCCCUAGCCCAGAGCCUCCCUCAGCCCAUGCCCCUUCUACUUAAACUUGGGGAGUCUUAUAUGCAUUGCUGUGAAAUGUAUUGACACUUGGUGAGCUGCCCUAUAUUGGCUAAAUUCAAACCUGGAAUUGUGGGGGCAAUCUACUUGCAUUAGGGGCAAUAACCCACCCCCACAGAGGCUGUGGAGGUUAGAAUUUAUAUUCAGGUUUUUUGUGUAUUUUUAUUUUUUAAAUAAUUGUUUUGGAGGGGUUUAUGCUCAAUCUGUGUUCUAUUUCAGUGCCAAUAAAAUUUAGGAAGACUUCA